GUCCACAGAGCCUGGUGUUGACCUAUUCAAUGCCAUCCGCAGUGGGGAUCUGCCCUGCAUGGAAAAUGUAGUCCUGGCCCUGGCCCAGAUAGAGAAUCCUUCUGCUGUGCAGAAGGCGUUUGCCCACUAUAACCAGCAGAUGGGCCAGAAGGUGCAGCUGCGCACAGAGACCCUCGAGGAACUGUUGGACGUGCACAGGGCCUGUGAGAGAGAGGCCAUACAAGUCUUCAUGAAGAACUCUUUUAAGGAUGUUGGCCAAAAGUUCCAGAAGGAAUUAGGGGGGUUCACUUUUCUGUCUGUGCUGUUUGGUAGCUUUACAGGAGGAAAGCGAGAUGACCCUUGUAAGCAAAACAGGGAAGGAUCACCGGAUAGUUGCACAACUUUAUUUCAAGAUAUUUUUGGUCCUCUGGAAGAAGAAGUGAAGCAGGGGACAUUUUCUAAACCAGGCGGUUACCAUCUCUUUAUUCAGAAAAAAUAAAAGCUGAAGAAAAACUAAUAUCAGGAUCGUGGAAAGAGGAUAGAUCAUGGAAAGGGGAUAGAUGCUGAACAGAUGUUGCAAAAAUACUUGGAUUCCAAGGAGGAUGUGGCAGAUGCACUCCUACAAACUGAUCACUCAUUCACAAAAAAAGAAAAAGAGGUUGCAGUGGAACAUAUAAAGGCUGAAUCUGCAGAAGCUACAAAGAAAAUGUUGGAAGAAAUCCAAAGGAAGAAUGCGCAGAUCAUGGAACAGAAAGAAAAGAGUUACCAGGAACAUGUGAAUCAGUUGACUGAGAAGAUGCAGCAGGACAGGGCCCAGGCAAUGGGGGAACAAGAGAGGACUCCAGCUCUGAAAUUUCUG